UUUUUUUUUUUAAUUUUAUAAUAUGUCAGUAGCUGAACAACAACAAGUCAAUGAAAUCGUUGAUGUAGAAGCCAAACAACAACAAGUGGCUGUCCCUAUUACUGCUGCUCCUACUAUCGCUAAUCCUGGUCCUUUGGGUCUAAGCUCUUUUGCCCUGACUACUUUUGUUCUUUCUCUUCACAAUGCUGGUGCUGGUCUUUCUGCAUCAGGUCCAAGCAAUGUUGUAGUAUCUCUUGCCAUGGGGUACGGAGGUUUAGUUCAAUUACUUGCCGGUAUGUGGGAAUUUCGUACUGGUAAUACUUUUGGUGCCACUGCCUUCUCUAGUUAUGGUGGAUUCUGGUUAUCUUAUGGUAUGAUCUUUAUUCCUGGUUUUGGUGUGAUUGAUGGUUAUAAAGGUGACACUGUCACCAUGGAUCAAUCUAUUGGUAUUUAUUUAUUAUCUUGGGCCAUCAUGACUGCUAUCCUAUUGAUUUCUUGCCAUCGAUCUUCUGUUGGUAUGGUUGCCAUGUUCUUCUUUUUGUUCAUCACCUUUGUUCUCUUGGCUGCUGGAAAAUUCAACAAUAGUUUGAGUUCGCAAGUGGCUGGUGGUGCUUUUGGUGUGGUUACAGCUGUCAUCGCUUGGUAUAAUGCUCUUAGUGGUUUACUCACCAAACAAUCCUCUUACUUCCAAUUACCCAUGGGUCGUUUGAACUAAAUGUCAAUUUUCUCUUUUGUUUACUGAUCAAGCAUCCAUAUACCAUCUCCCUUGUCUCUACUCCUUUACGUUAUAUUAUAUACUCCAUUAGUAUUCGUAGUAUCAUUUAUUUAUAAUUAGUUUAAUUAUUAUUAUUCUUUUAAUCUCUCUUUAUUUAUCUAUAGUGGAUGCCACUUUUUAUUCUAUUUUUUACUAUCUGAAAAC